ACACUUCAAGGCCAUCCGGGCCUUUGGCGUAAUUCGUUCGUGCUCGAUAGUUUCUUAUGACUGAGUACAAGUUAGUUGUUGUUGGAGGUAAGCUUUGCUAUCUACACAUGAAUACCUAUUCGUCUAGCUGGUGGAGUUGGCAAAAGUGCUCUUACUAUCCAGCUUAUUCAGAAUCAGUAAGCUUUUAAUAUUUUUAAUAACUGUACCAUAGUUUUGUUGAGGAAUAUGACCCAACGAUAGGUAUAGCCAAUACAAGACCAAGCAUUUAAACUUUUUGUAGAGGACUCUUACAGAAAACAGAUGGUUAUUGAUGGAGAAAUAUGCUUGUUAGAUAUCUUAGAUACCGCUGGGCAAGAGGAAUACAGUGCAAUGCGAGAUCAGUAUAUGCGUACUGGAGAGGGAUUUCUAUGCGUAUUUGCCGUGAACAACUCCAAGAGCUACGAUGAUAUAAAUCAAUAUCGAGAGCAGAUCAAAAGGGUUAAAGAUGCCGACGAAGUUCCUAUGGUUCGUAAGUUAACAAAACUUUUCUCCAUUCCAUUUGUAGUUGUUGGAAACAAAGUUGACCUCACGAAUCGCAGUGUAUGUACAGAGGAGGCAAAAUCCUUAGCCCACUCUUAUAAUAUCCCGUAUGUUGAGACCUCCGCCAAGACCAGGCAAGGUGUAGAAGAUGCGUUUCAUAAACUUGUCCGGGAGAUCAGAAAAUCUGUAAGUGAUUUAAAAAUAGUUAAGCCUACCAUUUAUAGCACAAGCUCUGGUCGCUCUUACGGACAGUUUUUUUAGUUGAAGAGUUUCAGAGUUGCUUUUUAUUAAUUAAACCUGUAAUUAAAUUCUGUCUCCACGCUUCGAGAUGAUUAGGUUAAUAAAGCUGUUUACGUUUCUACCCAAACCAGUUAAAAGUCUUUGCCUCUAGCACCUAUUUGUCAUGGUUUCAAAUCCUAGUAGAUUGAAAAAUGGCUCAAACUGACAUUCCUGAAGCUAUCGGCUAACUGAUUCAAUUGCUUAUUAAUGUCGAGAUUAGGAAAAGAAAACCAAGUAGCGUGACGUAGUUGUCCAUUGCUCUCUUUCUUUAAGUUAAAGAUAUUCAUAUAUGGCCUUAUUUUAUCUCUCAAUUUAUUUUUAUUCCUGUCGGUUUCUGUUAUCGUUCAAAUGCUAUUAGAACUUGGUUGGAAUUCCUAGCACUUGUAAUAAUCAAGUUCUGAUAAGUCAAAUUCAUCUUGCAAGUAAAAAUCUACAACAUAUAGAAGCACUCAGCCUUAAGCAGACAGAAAGCAACUUGAAAAGGUCAUGGUGAUUAGAUAGUUUGAGGCUAUACCGUUCCUUGUCUAACAAUUAAAUAGAUAAACAAGUGUAUAUUAUUCAUAGUAAAUCAUUUUGCACCUUAUCACAAGCCAGUUAGGAGUCCCCUGCUAAAACAUUUUAUCCAAUAUUUCAUGAGACGCAUAUUUCCUUAUCGACAAAGUGACCGUUUAAAGGAUAUCGUUGGUUUUCGGGAGAAUAGAUCGUUGUUUGAUGGUAAAGAUCAUACUUUACUUUUAAUGCUUGUUACACUUGAAACUACAUUGUUACAGUUAACAACUUUGUGUUUAGGAGUUUGACUUUAUGAAGUCAUGAAUUUAGAUCACAGGUUUACUUUUACCAGUUUGGAGUUUUGUAACCACUUCAAGCAUUUAAUUGGUGAUAUAUUUUGAUCCCAGAUGUUCUAGUUCAUAGCGCUAACUGAUGUAUGUUUAACUAGGUAAAAGUGCACAAGUUUUUGCAGUAUGGCUUUUGUGAUGAUAGAUAGGUAGUCAAUCUAGAGACACCAUUGUUACUUCCCGUGACCACUAGUUUAGGUAUAGGACUAAAAAGCAAAGAAUGCCCUGUUAGACUGGGUCCCAAUGAACAGUCACUUGUGUGUCAUCUGACUAAAUGGUACAUUGAUAACCCUGUCUACGCCUCCACUGACUGCAGCUCGGAUGAAUUUCAUAGGAAGCUACCCAACCUUCGAAAAGCUCAAGGCUCUAAAGUGGCAACAGUGGAAGGUGAUUUAAGUGCUGAAGUAAGUAGAAUAAACCGAAUCAAAGAGUAUUUAGGGGUAUUGUACUGUGUCGUGGCUCAGCGAACAGAUGAUGGCGACCGUCUGCUGCAACUAUUCUAUUUUCUAGCAAGCUUAAGGGGAAUAUCGUCUAACGUGGCGACUUCCACAAUGGACUGAAAUAAACCACAUUCACAUAAACCAUCGUCGGAAAGACUCGCUCAUUCUGAAGCACAUUUAUAGAUUUAUUAUUUAUUUAUUUAUUUGAGCACAUAAAUAUUGGUACAAGAGAGCGCCAAUAUAUAUGCGCCACACAAAACAAUGAAAAUUCGAAGAG